AAUUACCUUCCAUUUUAGCCUAUAAAUACAACUAUAAAAGCAGUGCACGAUCAUGUCAUAAUCUUCACAGUUGAGUGAGGAAGAGAGAAUUAAAAAAAAAAAAAAAAAUGAAACCCAUUUUUAUCAUUGUAGUUCUGUCCCUAUCGGUCCUUUGUUCUGCACAAGAAUUUGAUUUCUUCUACUUUGUUCAACAGUGGCCAGGAUCAUACUGUGACACAAAGAAAAGUUGCUGCUACCCAACAACUGGAAAACCUGCAGCUGAUUUUGGAAUUCAUGGACUUUGGCCAAAUUACAAAGAUGGAACUUACCCAUCAAACUGUGAUUCUAGUAACCCCUUCAAUCAAAAUAAGAUUUCAGACCUAACAAGCAGUAUGCAAAAGAAUUGGCCAACACUAGCUUGCCCUAGCGGCAAUGGAGUGACCUUUUGGUCACACGAGUGGGAAAAACACGGUACUUGCUCCGAGUCUGUUCUUGACCAACAUGGCUACUUCCAGGCAGCUCUUAACUUGAAAAAGAAAGUAAAUCUGCUUCAGGUUUUAAACAAUGCAGGCAUAUCGGCAAAUGGAGAAUCAUACAGCUUGAGCAGCAUUAAGAGUGCAAUACAAGAAGCAAUAGGCUAUAAUCCAUGGAUUGAGUGCAACAAUGAUGAAUCAGGAAACAGUCAGCUCUACCAAGUUUACUUAUGUGUGGACACUUCUGGAUCAAAUCUGAUUGAAUGUCCUGUUUUUCCAAAUGGAAAAUGUGCCUCCAACAUUGAGUUCCCUUCCUUCUAAUUUGCUUGGGUUUUAGAGGACAAAAUUUUCUUUCCUUCAAGUCACAACUUUGGCUUCCUGCUUGGCAAUACAAUCUUUCAUUAAAAAUGUCCAUUUUUCUAUUCAUGAAUUUCCCUUUUCACAUUGAAUCCAUAGAAGGAUGAGCUGAUCGGACAUUGUUAUUGACAAAAACAUAAUUUGGAUCCAGAAUUUAAAUAUAGUAUUAUUCAUGGCCAA